UCCCACCAAGAGGCAGUUGCGGACUGUGAGCGACAAUACAUUUUGCAAACAUGAGACAAGGUUUCAUUUCAUGACUAUGUCUCCCAAGAUCAUUCUCCGUCUGUGCUUCUCAAUCCUUCUCUCAGGAGGUGGAACUUCUGGAAUAGAAGAACUGAAUGGCAUUCUGGGGGAGUCUGUCACAUUCCAAGUGAAGACCUUGCCACCAUUUGAAACAAUUUCCUGGAAUAAAAUUAUCAGCACCAGCAAUGCUAGAAAUAUUGCUUUGGUGACCUUCAAGGAGCCAUGUAACAUUAUAUUCCUCCAUCCAGACUUUCAAAAGCAAGUGAACGUCUCCAGUGACUGCAGAAAAUUACGACUUAGCCCUCUAAAGAAAGAGGACACUGGCAGAUAUACUGCAGGAAUUGUUUUACCAAAUAAAAAGUCAGUGGAUGAGUUCUUUGGUCUGCAGGUUUUUGUACGUUUGCUGGACUCUGAUCUGAAAGUGACCUGCACUCCUGAGGGGACUGGAAACAGAACCUGGCAGCUGAAUUGCUCUACAGGGACCUGGGAAGACAGAGUGAACAUCAGCUGGACUUCAUCUGCCCAGAGCACAGGUCCUACCCCUGGGAGUUCUGUGAUCCAGUUUGUCUCCCUUGACCUCAAUGCAACAUGCACAGCAGAAAACCCUGUUAGCCAGGCAUCCAGGACGGUCUCCUUAAAGCAAGUUUGUGCAGAGGAGAGACCUGGGACGGAGGCCCCCCAAGUGAACGAAAAGGGACAGCCUGCAAGCAGUGCGUGGAUCGGGGCCAUGAUUGCAGCUCUUAUCGUCAUUCUGCUUGUCGCUGUCAUUGCCGUUUAUCUGCGGAGGAAGAAAGCUGCUAAGGGAAGUGGACAUUUUGCAACAUGUGCAGAGAUUGAAAAUCCACCUAGAAAUGAUUCCACCUUAAUAGGAGACCAGCCCAAGGAAACCAGGAGAAAGACAAAUCAGCCAGCUAGAAGAGCAGCAAAGACCAACCAGGAGUUGCCCCACACCAUAUAUUCCGCUGUGCAACAUCCCAAGCAGAAUCAUUUACAAACAGAUGAUGAGAAGAUGCAGAAGGGACGGCGCAGCCACCAAAACCAAGCCGAGAAAACAAUUUAUUCGGAGCUCACCAAGUCUCAGGAGAGUGAAGACCCAGGCAUCAAGACCAUCUAUGAAACAGUGCAAGGCCCCCUGCCCAUCAAAUCCUCUGGCCUGUGAGUCUUUGUUUAACACACACACACACCCUCUGCAAAGCUAGCAAGAGAUGCCCUCCCCCCCCCCACCAGAGCUGGGGGAUGGUGCCUGAGCCCGUUGGAGCACCUGCAGAUCACGCCACGCACGAGAGAGAGAGAGAGAGAGAGAGAGAGAAAUGGAGAAGACACGUCAUGGGCCAUUCCAGGAUCGCCCCCAACUUUCACUCCUGGACUUCCACCGGCCCAGCAGCUUGUCCUUCUGACUUGGGGAGUGGGAUGGGACAACAACUCGCCACAGGACAAUUCAACAAAGUUAAAUUAAUUUCGACGGCCAAUAAUAAUAUAAUAGUCAAUCCAGAAAAAGGGGGUCAUUAAACGACAAAGAAGAAGAGUCAACCCAGAAAAGCAAGAGUUACAAGAAUUUCGACGAAAACUGUGGUCACCGAUAAUAAAAGGAACUGAAUGAAACGAUUAAUAGAGAGUUGAAUUGUCCCACGGUGACUUGGUCGUGGCGAGUUGUCCUAGACCCCCUCGAGGAGGCAGGGGUUGUGGGGGGGGGGGCAAGAGAAUAAUUUCUUUCUUCUUUGUUUCGUAAUUUUAAAUGACGCACAAAUGGAACCUCAUUGGUUCCACUCCGAAGCCCUUUGAACUUUGCAGUACUGUUUCACCAGCAUUAAAAAACAAAAAGGCAUUAAUGGGAAAAUCUGUGUACAGAUAGUCCUUGAUUUAUGACCAGCCUU